CACCCAAACACAAACAAAACAACAGAGCAAAGCAAACUCAGUCUGCAGCGAAACAACAAAUUCAAAUCUCUCUCUUAGAAACUAUCGCAAUGUCGAUCUCCAGAAGUACCAUAGUUUUACUGUUCGUGGCGACACUCCUGAUAUCUUCCGUGGUGGCUGCUCAGUCUCCUGCUCCAGCUCCAUUCAGCGGGGGAGGAAGACGUAUGAUCUCUCCAUCUUCGUCCAAAACACCGAGUCCUAAAUCAUCCGCAUUGCCGCCUCAAGCUGAUUCUCCUUCAAUCGACGCUCCAGCACUCAGUCCGUCUUCCAUCUCUGAUUCUCCGUCAGAAGCUCCUGCUCCAGCAUUGGGCAGCAACGCCGCUUCCAACAGAUACACAGUUUUUGGUGGAUCCGUCGCUGUUUUCCUAUGCGCUGCCGUUUUGGCUAUCUAGACUCUCGCUAGCUGGAUCCGAUGAAAUCACCAUUAUCUCUUUAUUCAUUGUUAUUUUUUUCUACUCUCUCGAUCUGGUUUUGGAUUUCGGUUUAAUCUGUAGCGCUCUUUAUUGUAUUGUACCCAUUAUAUUAUCAUCAAUAUAUUAAGCUUAAAUUAAUUUGAGAGA